ACAAGAUAUACGAGGAAGCCAAACACAGCAUUGAAAGUAUUAUCCAUAUAGUGUGUGCACAGGUUAAAGAAAGGAGUUUUCUUUCGCUUAUUAUCUAUAGUGUGCGUGUUUUUUGAUUAACCGUGCACAGAAAAGAACCAACUAAACAUGUAUCGAUAGUCGACCUUUCUGAUAAGCUUCUUUGGGAGAAAGAGAAAUUCUUAAGAACAGAAGAGUGUGUCAGCCAUGAAGCGCGUCAACUUUCUUCUGCUAGGAACUAGUGGGAACGGGAUCAGCUCUCUGGGGAACACACUACUAGGCCGGACAUGCUUCAAGACUUCAUCUGACUUGCACGCUACUGAAAACAUUGCUGUGAAAGGGUCAGCAUUAAGAGGAGACUGUCGCAUUACAGUUGUGGAUAUUUCAGGAAUAGAUACAGACAAUAAAAGCCUGGACCCCCUUCAAAAUUUAAAAUCUUUGAUCCAAAUUGCACUCAACUACUGUGAAGAUGGUUUCACUGCAAUAGUGUUUGUGCUGCAGUUCUGCGGUAGAUAUACAAGACAAGAACAGGAGACGCUUAAACUUAUCAAAGCGACAUUAGGUGAAGACGUCAUAGCUAAAAACACUGUUUGUGUUUUUACUCACGGAGACUUGUACAAGCAUGAAACUGAAAGUUUUAUAACAUGGUGUCGGAGUCAGAAAGGAAACAUUCAAAACGUCUUGGCUGAAUGUAACUAUAGAUGUCUUCUGUUUAACAACAAAACUGAGGACGUGAGGAAUCAAGAUGCACAACUCAAAGAACUCUUGAAACUGGCCACUGAAUCUGAAAGAUACACAUUGAGCCAAUUCCAAUCUGCUGAAAAGGAAAGAAAAUCACUUGAGGAGGAAAUCUUAUCACCGAUAAUAGCGCAAGAAGCUUCAAUGUUUGUUAGUGACAUGCAAACAAAAUUAAAAUCUCUGGAAGACGAGUGGACUGGAAGUAAUAAAGAUAAACUGGACUUACUUUCUAAAUACCAAGAAGAACUUCUGAAAUUUGAGGGAGAACUUGUAAAUAAAAACUUGAAACCUGGAAAUUACGUUAAUCCAUUUGGUUCAAUCAAAGUACUUAAAGUAAAUAUUCAAACCAAACGUAAACUUGCAGAAUCGGAAAUAAAACUGGAAAGCUUGAAUGAUCGAUUUGAAACACAACAUCACUGGUUCAUUCGUAAUUCAUCCACUAGAGCUACAUGUCCAGCAAGAAGCUCAACAAUCCAGACGACAGAGAACUUUCCUCAGGAGACCAAAUCUUUCAAAAGACAAAAUGAUGGCCGGAGAUCACUUCGUGAAGAGAAUGUCCGCUCAUACAACCUUCAAAAAGCGCGCGGUAAGGGAAAUGACCAAUCGAAAGACACUAAAAGAUGUAUUGUUCUAUGAACUCUAGACUUGUAGAUCGAAUCACACUGCAAGUAAAUGACAAAACUGUGAAUACUAAAUUGUUAAGCUAAAUCAAGAAAAUGACUGUUGUUUUUUUUUUUUAUAAGAAAUGCAAAGCUAAACAUUCUGGAGUUUUUGGUUUUAGUUUUCUAGUCUACAAUUACCUAAUUGUUUUACAUUGAUUAACGGACAUAAGAUAUUUUUAUUGUUAAACAUUUUUUUUCAUUGUUACAUAUUUUUAAAAAAGAUUUAAAUCAUUACACCAGUAAAAGCUACAUAAGAACAAAAAGUUCAACCCCAAGAAAUAAGUCUUUCUUCCAAGUCACUAAAAAACUCGAGCAUGAAAGUUACAAAAAAUAUUACAUUAAUUCUUGUCUAACAUUUUAUAAAAUUAAAAAAAAAAAAAUUUGAUUAUCUUGAUGUAAAACAUGUUGUUUUUUUUUGUUUUUUUUUGUACGUAUUUGACAUACCAUCAGAAAUGAAGAAUAUCUUACCCGAGCCCAGUCAUGCAGAACUGAAUUAUAAAAUAUUUGUAAAAUUAUUGACAUGUUUCGGAUGUUCCUUCAAAGUUGAAGAUAAUAUACUUCCUAAUCCAAACCUCCCGCAGGAUGACGUGGAUGGCUGCGGACAGGGAAUGAACCCAAAACCAUCGAUAUCCAACGCGCACACCGCACGACCAGGAAGCCACCCAUUGUAUGAUAGAAAAAGGCACCAACAAACGACUGUCUUAAAAACAAUUCACAUGACCUGUUGGCCACCCAGAAUUUUUCCCUUUUUUGGCCAAGAAACCCAAAUGUGGAGUCACAAUCUACUAAUAAACGUCCUUACGUAAUCACGGAGGAGCGGUGGCUGAGCGGUAAAGCGCUUGGCUUCCAAUCCGAGGCUCCCGGUUUCGAAUCCUGGUGAAGACGGAACAUUUUAAAUUUCGGUAUCUUUAGGGCGCCUCAUAAAUCAAUUCAGCUCUAAAGGGUAUCGUUGUGCUGGCCACAUGGCACAUUCGUUAACAGUGGGCCGCAGAAUCAUGGUUUGCAUCAUCUGCCCUAUAGAUCGCGAGGUUUUCAGGGAGAACUAACUUUUACUCACUUAAACACAGCUAUAGCCUCAACGGAUUUCUCCCUGCACUGUGGCGUACAGCUACGUGAUCAUCUGGUCUCUUUCUAUACAAACAGCUAUCUGGCUCACCCCGCCUCACUAUAGUGUGGUCUAGAGCAGCGGUUCUCAAACUUUUAAGCACAGCGACCCCUUUUUACAAUCUCCCACUCUGCCGCGACCCCACCUCACACACACACACAUACAGCACUAGAAGAAAAGACAUUAACAAUCCAUAUUUUUGAUGGUCUUAGGCGACCCCUGGCAAAUCGUCAUCGACCCCCAAGGGGGUCGCACACCAACAGGUUGAGAACCCCUGGUCUAGAGUCUACCAUAGUAUGGUCUAGAGUCUAGGUAUUGAUUAAAUGAAUGAUGGGCAAAAUAUUUAAGCGGGCUUAUUCGAACCAUGGAAAGGUUUGAUACGGCUCGCACAUUCUUUAGAAAAAUUAACAAAAAUUAGAAUUUUACUUAUAACGCAACAAUUUUAGUUUUUAACACGAGUUGAAAUAUCGUAGUAAUCUUGAGUAUUUUUAUAUUAUGUCUGCUGAUUUGAAAUGCGCAAAAUAGCAAUACAUUAAAUGUAUGAGUACGGAAAUUCUCAUCAAACAAGCGUCAGUCAAA